AAGAAGAACAAAUUUGCGGUCUCCAAAGCAAGCAUCCGAGUAUUACCCAAGCAGUUCAACACCAUGGCCAGCGAAAAGAAACCACAGAUCACGUUCGAGGGUUCGUUGUGCGCUUUGGAUACACGCCCAUGCCCUGCUCUGACUAAUGGAAUGGGCAGAAUACCUCGGUGUCACCGAGGCAGCAUUCGAAUGGGCGGACAGUUAUGACUCCAAGGAUUGGGAUCGACUGAGGAAGUGUAUCGCUCCCACACUCCGGGUUGACUACCGCUCGUUCCUCAACAAGCUAUGGGAGGCGAUGCCGGCCGAGGAGUUCAUCGCCAUGAUCUCAGAUAAGUCGGUGCUGGGCAACCCGCUGCUCCGGACCCAACACUUUAUCGGCGGCGCGAGUAAGUGGGACAAGGUGUCAGACACCGAAAUCAUCGGAUACCAUCAGCUGCGGGUGCCGCACCAGGUCUACACGGACGCAAGCCUGCAGGAUGUCGAAGUCAAAGGCCACGCGCAUGGUUUCAACGUACACUACUACAACAAGGUCGACGGAGUGUGGAAGUUUGCCGGCCUGUCCCCCACGAUCAGGUGGUCUGAGUUCGACUUCGACAAGGUGUUUGCGAGCGGUCGCGACAGUUUUGGCGAGUCCAAGUAAGCUGGCGGCGCCGUUUUGCGUGGUCAAUAUUCUAUAAAUGGGGCCGGUGGAGGUUUAUCCUGGAAUGAACUAUUCUUUUAAAAGACAGAGCCCUUAGUUAGCCA